AUGCUUGAAAAGGAGAGAUUAGAAGAGGAAGAGAAAGAAUCGCGAAGAGAACGGGUUUCUGUCGAAGACGUGAAAAAGGACAAACCGAAACUAGCAAUAACUGGAAGUAUACGAGGCACUCUUUCGCCACUUGUACCAACAUCGCGAAGUGCAGGUGGAUCAGAGCCUAUAAUAGCCAGUAUAGAGACCUAUCAAGAACUUUUGAAAAAUCGUGUAGUUGGAGAAACUCCGGAUGGGGAAUUGUUGUGUAACCCUCGAUGGCUUCUUUUUAAUUCGCCCAAUGGUUACAAAAAACCAUGCUAUGGAGAUUUUACAAUUACCAACAAAGACUCGUUCACGGUAGCCUGGUGUAUAAAAACUAAGGAGAAAAUGAUGCGACUUUCACAAUCCCACGGCAUAUUGAAGGCUGGCGAGCACAUCGAUCUGACUGUGACAUAUACAUAA